AUGGAGAACAACAAUGAUUCCAUUGAGUUUCAAUCAAACUCUAAACGAGCUCGUGUUGAACAACAAGGAUUAGCAUUUCGUGGCCAUGAUGAAUCUAAAGACUCAAGUAAUCAAGGAAAUUUCCGUGAAUUGUUGCGGUUUCUUGCGAAAUAUAAUGAGGAAAUUAACAAGGUAGUCUUAGAAAAUGUUCAUGAAAAUCAUCAAAUGACCACCCCAGACAUUCAAAAAGAAAUAGCAAAUGCUGCAGCAAAUGAAACUCUAGAUGCUAUUUUAAAAGAUCUUGGAGACUCGUCAUUCGCUAUCUUAGUUGAUGAAUCUCGUGAUAUAUUUGUCAAAGAACAAUUGGCUAUUGUUUUGCGUUAUGUUGAUAAGCGAGGAGAUGUGAUUGAACGUUUUUUAGGCAUUAUACAUGUUAGCAAUACUACAACUGCUGUAUUGAAGAUGACAAUUGAGUCAGUUCUUAGCAAGCAUCAUUUAAGUAUUAGCAAAUUGAGAGGACAAGGAUACGAUGGAGCUAGCAAUAUGCGAGGUGAGUUGAAUGGACUUAAAAGACUUAUUUUGAAUGAUAACUCAUCUGUCUAUUAUGUUCAUUGCUUUGCACAUCAACUUCAAUUGACUUUAGUUGCUGUUGUUAAAAAUCACAUCCAAAUUGCAACUUCUUUUAGCUUGGUUAAUAGUAUUUUUAAUGUUGUUGAAGCAUCAUGCAAACGUCGUGAUGCACUUCAUGAAAAACAAACUGCUGAAGUUGUGGAAGCACUACGAAAUAAUGAAAUUUCCACUGGUCGUGGCUUGAAUCAAGAAAUUAAUCUAAAGAGACCUGGAGAUACGCGUUGGAGUUCUCAUUAUGGUGCAGUUGUUAGUUUUAUUUUUAUGUUUUCUUCUGUCAUCGAAACGAUUGAAGAUAUUGUGGAAGAUGGUUUAUAUUCUGAACAGAGAGCAUAA